AUGUCAGGGUGGGACGAGGGACAGGUGUUCUACAGCAACCAGUCGUUCCCCGAGUCGGAAGGGCCGGCCGGCGACGACGCGCUGGGCGACGCGGGAAUCACGCGAUACGCCGCGCAGAAGAAGCUUCGCGAGUUCGUGCGAAACUUCCACGAUCCGCAGUAUCAUGACCGCUUUAUCUACAGGUGCGCCGCGUGCGGUAACCCGCUGCCGUUACCAGCACAGCACAGCAGGCCACCUCGCACCGUGCGGUCCCCGCCCCCGCUCAACGUGGGCCCCUCCCUUCCCUGCGACCAGCUGGGCUUUAAAAUCCCUCACAAACCGACGGAUCCGCGCCGUGAGGUUCCCGUCGUCCCCUGCGCGCCGUGCCCUCCCUACAUGCGGUCCGCGCCCUUCCUUACUCGCAAAUUCCCUCCUCUUAUCCCGCCUGUUCCUGCCUCUCAUGACCGGGGAUCACAUGGCCGCCGGGGCUCACAUGGCCGCCGGGGCUCACAUGGCCGCCGGGGCUGCACAGCGUCAUACGCCGCCGUGUCCCGUUCCCCUCCUCCCACGGCAACCCCCCUUGCCCCCAUUCCGCAGGGAGCGGGUGCAGGAGGGGGUGGCGUGGUGGAGGUUGAUCCGGAGCACGUGGCGGAGGGGGGCGGCGUGGUGGAGGUGGACUUGGAGGACCUGGCGAGCAAGGAGGAGGGGCUGUGCCGCCUCAUGCGCACGCGCCCCGCUGACAUGCUGCCGCUGGUGGGUGGGAUGGGUCCCCAUGGAUCCUCAUGGAAUUUGAUUGCCCUGCUCUACUUUCCCUUGCCCGUGUGUCUUUCUCAACGUAGAGCAUUAGUUUCUCAUGAGCGCUCUGAGUGUCUUUCGUUAUGUAUUCGUCUUUCUCUCUGCCUGCCUGCUCCGCCUCCUCGCUUCUCCCGCUUCUGUGCUCCCUUCUCUCCCCCCACUCCUCCCUCCCUCUUUCUCACCCGCUUUGUGCUGACGUGGCAGUUGGAGGUGGCAGCAGCUGAGGUGGCAGCGAGCGUGCGGCAGAAGGUGAUGGGGGAGAGUGGGGAGCUGGAGGAUGCACGAGUGCCGCCCGUGCAGGUGCUGCUCAAGAGCUCCGAGGACGCCAUGCCCAUCAGGGCUUUAACGGCAACACAGAUCGCCCAUCUGGUGAAGAUCUCGGGCAUCGUGAUUGCGUCCUCGCGAGCCAAGGCCAAGGCCACCUCGGUGGUGCUCAUGUGCCGCUCCUGCAAGAACGUCAAGGCCAUCCCCUGCCGCCCGGGCCUGGGUGGCGCCAUCAUCCCGCGCACCUGCGACCGCACCCCCCAGCCAGGGGAGGAGCCAUGCGGGGUGGACCCGUGGGUGGUGCUGCCGGAUAGGAGCGAGUAUGUGGACCAGCAGACGCUCAAACUGCAGGAGAAUCCCGAGGACGUGCCAACGGGGGAGAUGCCCCGGAGCGUCCUCCUGGCAGUGGACCGCUCGCUGGUGCAGCGCAUCUCCCCCGGCACGCGCAUCACUGUGUUUGGCAUCUUUAGCAUCUUCCAGGCCUCCGAUAAAACCAAGUCGCGAGGGGCCAUGGCGGUGGCAAUACGGCAGCCAUACCUGCGAGUGGUGGGAGUGGAGAUGGCUGCGGAUGGCGCUGCCAGGUCCACUGCCUCCUCCUUCACCACUGAUGAGGAGGCGGAGUUCAAGGAGUUCAGCCGGCAGGGCGACGUGUACGGCGCCAUAAGCAGCCAGAUCGCGCCGUCCAUCUUCGGCCACGCCGACAUCAAGAAGGCCAUCGCCUGCCUGCUCUUUGGCGGCGCGCGCAAGCUACUGCCAGAUGGCGCAAGGCUGAGAGGCGACAUCAACGUGCUGCUGAUUGGUGAUCCAUCCACCGCCAAGUCCCAGUUCCUCAAGUUUGUGGAGAAGACGGCACCUAUCGCCGUGUACACAUCAGGGAAGGGCUCCUCUGCUGCUGGCCUCACCGCCUCCGUCAUUCGCGAUGCCUCCUCUAGGGAGUUCUACCUGGAGGGCGGCGCCAUGGUGCUGGCAGAUGGCGGUGUGGUGUGCAUCGAUGAGUUCGACAAGAUGCGCCCUGAGGACAGAGUGGCGAUUCACGAGGCAAUGGAGCAGCAGACGAUAAGCAUCGCCAAGGCGGGCAUCACCACUGUGCUCAACUCGCGCACCUCCGUGCUCGCCGCUGCCAACCCGCCCUCCGGCCGCUACGAUGACCUCCGGACGGCGCAGGAGAACAUUGAUCUGCAGAGCACCAUUCUGUCGCGCUUCGACCUCAUCUUUGUCGUCAAGGACACAAGGGACUUCAACCGCGAUCUCCAAAUCGCGCGGCACGUGGUGAACGUGCAUGCCAAGGCAGAUGCCGUGCUGGGGCAGGCAGACGAUGCCAUGGGCGGGCGGGCAGCCAUGGGGGACGGACCUGCAGGGGCGGGGGGCGUGGGGCACGCGGGGAAGGAUGGCGAGCAGGAGAACUGGCUCAAGAGGUACAUAGAGUUUGCUCGCACGCGCUGCUCCCCGCGGCUUUCAGAGUCAGCAGCAACGCUCCUGCAGAACAACUACGUGCAGAUCCGGCAGAACAUGCGGCGGAGGGCAACGGAGACGGGGGAGGCGUCAGCGCUGCCAAUCACGGUUCGCCAGCUGGAGGCCAUCGUGAGGCUCUCAGAGUCCAUGGCACGGAUGCAGCUCUCCCCAGUGGCCACGGAGGAGCACGUCACCGAGGCGCUGCGCCUCUUCCAUGUCGCGACGCUGGACGCCGCCCGGUCGGGCGUGGUGGACGGCGCAGUGCUGACGGAGGAGCAGCGGCGCGAGGUGCAGCAGGUGGAGGGCGCGGUGCGGCGGCGCGUGGCCAUCGGGGGCUUCGUGUCGGAGCGGCGCCUGCUGGAUGACAUCACGCGGUCCGGCAUCAGUGCGGCGAGCGCUGCUCAUCAUGGUGGCACGGGGAGAGGUGGAGUACCGACGGGAGAGGAGGGUCAUUUACCGCAAGGUCUGACCACCGCUUCUACUGCUGCUCUGACCACCGCUUCUACUGCUGCUCUGACCACCGCUUCUACUGCUGCUCUGACCACCGCUUCUACUGCUGCUCUGACCACCGCUUCUACUGCUGCUCUGACCACCGCUUCUACUGCUGCUCUCACCGCCGCCCUGACCGCCGGUCUCACUCUUGCUCUCACUGCUGCUCUCACUGCUGCUCUCACCGCCGCUCUCACUGUUGCUCUCACUGCUGCCAUUGCAACUCUGACUACAGUACAACCACUGGUCUAG